CUGUUAUCAAUAACCUAUAAAUAAGAGUCACUGUCAAACAUGUCAGUAUUUAACCUUUCAGUGUAACAACGCAUAUUAAAUUACCACAAAACCCAAGAUAAAAAAAGAAAAUGGAGAGCGUUUUGAUGCCAAACGAGAUUGAACUUUUUGUGGACACCAUGGAGCCACAAAAAAUGAAUAAGUUAGGAUCGGAAACAUGGCUGGAGUGGCAUAAUAGAAUUCAAAAGCUAAACCAGGAAGCUGCAGUCGAAGCUGCCUGCUUGAAGGAAGAGCAUGUGAAAGAAGCAUUGGUGUCAUUUGGCAAGGCAAAGGUGCUAGUACAUGAAGCAAUCCUAAUAAACAUCUGGAAAUAUAAGGUGUUACCAAAACUCCUUAAACUAGAACCAAACCCAGAGAGCACCUUUAUUGCAUAUUCAAUCUUAUAUCAUGAAGGUGUAUGCGUUUCACUUUUGGAACUGGUAAUGUUUCAUUCUAAUUGUUGUGAAGCUCUUGAGGAUUCUUCAGUGGAUCUUCUAGAUUACGUCUGUGGUGCCAUAUCUCAACUCUUAAGUGUCAAGCAAGCAGAUGCUCCAAGUAACAAAGAAAGUGCCCAGGAAGAGUUAUUUAGGCAACGAAACAAUUUGUCCUUCGAAAUUGCCAUACGGUGCUUGUCGAUUUUGAGAUAUUUGACGGAAAAUACUCAAAGCCUUCCAAUAACAAUAUCUACCAGGCUUUAUACAACUCAUGAUAUUCCUGUUUUAUUGACUGAAAUUCUAUUGGAAAUGCCGUGGGUUAAGGAUGGAAAACAGUUUGUUGGGGGAAAAUGGAAAGACUGGGAUCAUGAGCAGCUUGGACAAGCUGAAGCUCAGGUAUGGCUUACUCUUCGUUACGUUUUACUUGACCCUGAAUGUCCAAAAUACUAUCCAAUUACGGAAAGCAGGCGAAAUCAGUUAACUAAACUUCUGCCCCUCAUAAGACCAAGUUUACUCGACCAAUUAUCACCACUAAUUGAACUAAAGCAUUGGUUAUGUAAAGUUUCUUGUCUGCAAGAAUUCGCUGCUCCUCCUAAACCUAUCUUAUUAGAAGCUAUUUUGGAUAUUAAGGAGAAUAUAUUGCGACAUUGUGGAGGAAAAUGGAAGAAAAUCGCUGAAAACCAGCUAAACAAUAUUUUUACUAGCAGUAAAGAGUCUCUACAAGAAGCCGCUAAAAAGUUAAGUGAAGCAUACAACACUGAUCUUUUAGAACAGUUUGAAGUAAAAGAAAACCAAAUUUGUGCGCAUUGUGGCAAAAGUGCCAUCCAGAGAUGUUCAAGAUGCAAAAACUCUUGGUACUGCUCUAGGGCAUGCCAAGUGGAUCACUGGUCUCAGCAUAAAGAGGACUGCAGUUCAUAAUUUACAGAAACAAAAUAAUUGCUUUUAUUACUUUAUGUUUAUUAUUAAUGUACAAAAAUAGUGUUUGUUAAAUAUCACAUGUUUUGGGCUUAUAAGUAGGCAGAAUUUAAUUGAUAAUUAUUCCUACCCUUACUUAAUAAAAACCCUUGAAUAUUUAAAGA